AUGUUUGUCCCGGAAAAAGAGUCGACGAACUCGUCGCUCUUCCAAACCGACGUCCGGCGACGGACGAACCUAUCAACGGCAACGAAUGCGCUCCGGUCGGCUGCUGUUGAAGCCCAGAACGACUCCCUGGGAUUGUCUAGUGAGGAACGACUGGCGGAAAUGGAAGACGAGCUUAAUAGGAUCGUCGACAGGGACGUAGAAACCCUGGUGGAGGGCAUGGAGGAAAUCAUUGAUCUCUCGUCGGUAGGAUCUGUUGACAAACUCCGGGCCUUACAAGACAGUUUGGCGAUCGAAUUGAGGACAGAGACGCUGGUUCGAUCGUGUACAUCACUCAUGGCCCUCAGCCAUUCGAUGAAGAUGCUGUGGCUACUGGGCGAUGAGGCCAAUCGGAGGAGGAUCCAAGACGCGCGAACGAGUCCAUUGAAUUCAGAAAUCAGCAAACUCAAGUCUCGCGCCGCCCAAUUAAUCGAAGAACUCAAAGUCGGCCCUCCGGCCGACUCUUCAGAUCAUGAAAUGAACCUCGAUCCCUCCCCACCCUCUCCUUCCAACGCUGGACCAUCCAAUCCAUCGGUUCAUGCUACUGAUCACAUGCCAACUUGA